CAGCGAGCGAGUGGCGGAGGCGACCAAUCACCAUGCCAUUACAGUCUUCAGAGGAAGCUGUUUAUGGGGCUGCAGCGCUAAUUAGGCUCAUGAACUAACAAGUCUGCCGUGCGAACCUGGCGAGGACACGUCCAUGGAUGUACUGUGGGAGUAGCAGUGCUUUUACCAGGCUUUUCUCUCCAGCUCCGCGUUUCAAACUUCAGCGCACCAAGUUUUGCUUCUUCGUCUUUUCGCUGUGGAGUAUUUUCUAAGCGACUCUCCGACUCGAGUUUAAACUGGGGAACCUGGACUAUCACCAGACCAUGUUCCAGCCAACACCCAAGCGGUGUUUUACGAUAGAGUCCCUCGUGGCGAAGGACAGUCCGGUGCCGGCGUCCCGGUCCGAGGAGCCCAUCCGGCCCGCGGCGCUCAGCUACACCAACACGGGCCAAAUGAACCCUUUUCUGAACGGCUUUCACUCCUCGUCCAGAGGUGUCUACUCCAACCCGGACUUGGUGUUUGCUGAGGCGGUGUCUCAUCCGCCCAGCUCGGCUGUCCCAGUGCACCCCGUGGCCCCACCGCACGCGCUGGCCGCUCACCCGCUGUCCUCCUCACACAGUCCGCACCCGCUGUUCGGUCAGCAGCGGGACCCGUCCACCUUCUACCCCUGGCUCUUACACAGAUACAGAUACUUGGGCCACCGGUUUCAAGGAAAUGAAACGAGUCCAGAGAGUUUCCUUUUGCACAACGCGCUGGCCAGAAAACCCAAGCGGAUCCGGACGGCGUUCUCCCCCUCGCAGCUGCUGAGGCUGGAGCACGCCUUUGAGAAAAACCAUUACGUGGUGGGAGCCGAGAGGAAGCAGCUCGCGCACAGCCUUAGCCUCACAGAAACUCAGGUAAAAGUUUGGUUUCAGAACCGAAGGACGAAGUUCAAGCGGCAGAAGCUGGAGGAGGAGGGCUCAGAAUCGCAGCAGAAAAAGAAAGGCUCGCAUCACAUAAACCGGUGGAGGCUGGCCACCAAGCAGUCGAGCCCCGAGGAAAUAGACGUCACAUCGGACGAUUGAAAUCACGAAGCCCGGCACAGAGACUGGACGGGACACUGAGGGGUAACACAAGCCAAUGUCACAUUUCAGAUCUGAGGCAGCUGAGGGGGCGCUCCACGGGCCAGGACCUGAACCGACAAAUGCCCCACUAAAACUACCCCACUUCACUCCGGACGUUUGCACUUCAGAUAUUUUAUAAACAAAACCAAAACAACUGCUUUUGUAAAACUUGAACUGCAUGGUCUAUUUUUCUCCCUGAUAGUUAUUUUUAAUUUGACAAACAAAGAAGAAAACAGGUCAAUUUUGUUUUGAACUCAUUUUCCACCUGAGAGAUGUCGUGCUUCUUUUUACAAAGUGUGCAGUCUUUAAUUCUCGUGUAAAAGUGAUGUGAACAGUAGCGGUGCUGCGUUAUAGUGUUUUAAAAAGACAAAACAGUUCUGGGGGAGCCACUGAAUCAAAGGGAAGGUACAGGACAUCCUUUCUCUCAAAGCUUUACCAAUGUGGCGCUGCGGCCUCGCGCGCUCACGCCAGGACGUGACCCGAACAGUGAAAGUUGCCACGAACGAAGGACUUAAACCAGACAAACUUCAAGCACUGAGCGUAUUCCAUGUACAGAAACGAACAAGCCUCUUUUACAGAAUGUACAUAAUUUUUGUGUUUGUGUUAAGUUUGCUACAAUUUUAACACAAAGUAUACUUCCAAGAAGUAUGUAAUUGUCAAUAUUUUGUCAAUAAAGUUUUAUCAAUAUGUUGCGCG